ACACGCCCUCUCUCGAUCGAGGAAGACAGAACAAAUAAAAAAAAACACGGCCACUAAAGCAGCGGUAAACUUGAAAACCCGCAACAAUAGAGAGAAAAAUGACCAAUAUGUUGUCACCAUCAUCGUCAAAUAUAAAUUCUGAGUUGACCAAGACAGAUUCCCAGAUGCAUCAGGCUCCAACCAUUGAUGAGUUCUCCAUCAUUAAACCAAUCAGCAGAGGGGCUUUUGGAAAGGUGUAUCUGGCCUACCGCAAAGGGAGAGAGAAGGAGAAACUCUUUGCUAUCAAAGCUAUGAAGAAAUCCGAGAUGAUCAACAAGAACAUGGCCGCCCAGGUGACGGCAGAGAGGGAUGCACUAGCCCUCUCCAAAAGUCCUUUCAUCGUUCAUCUCUACUACUCCAUACAGACAACAAAGUAUAUUUAUUUGGUUAUGGAAUACUUAAUUGGUGGGGAUGUGAAAUCACUCCUUCAUGUCUGUGGCUACUUUGAUGAAUGCACUGCCUUGAUGUACACAGCCGAAGUGGUCCUUGCGCUGGAAUACCUCCAUAAACACAGUAUUAUUCACAGGGAUUUGAAACCUGAUAACAUGCUGAUCUCAAACGAUGGCCAUAUUAAACUCACCGACUUUGGCUUAUCCAAGAUAUCGAUGGAUCACAAAAUCAACGUAUCAGAUAUCCUUGGAACCCCCUCGGUGGUCAAACCUCAGAGAACAGAUUCCUUCUAUCGGACACCAGGACAAGUUCUCUCUCUAACGACCAACCUAACAUUCGACACUCCAGGAGCAGCGCUUGAGGAGAAGCCCCGUCAUCUAAGACACACUCCACUGUCCUCACCUCUCCUUACAGCCGUCAGCAGACAAGGCCUGCUCCGCCCCAGUAGUUAUGGUGAGCAUCCUCACCAAACCUCCCACGAUAAUGAUUCGCAUCGUGGAACCGACGGUGUAAGUGUAUGUCUCUCAGAGAGGAUAAGAUCUACAAAUGAAAGGUCUCAGGGUUCAGGAUAUCUCCAGAAAGUUCUAGGAUCUGAAGGUCAGAGUUCAGGUCGAGUUGGGAGUAUGGCUGCGAGACAGCCAGGACGAGCCAGAGACGUUGUGUUUGAGACUCCAGUAGGGCGGGCACCUGUGAGUCGACCCUCGAUUCAUUUAAGCUUCAGCGAUGAACGGAGACGGUCAGGUCCUGAGGCUGAUCAACAACCAUUGCAGAAGGGGUACUCCACAGCUUCCUCACCAACUGAAGAUGUUGUAGCGAUAGGAUCAGGAAGCAGUGCUCGGGGCAAGAAGAGACAUCUCUCUGAGGUUGAGAUGAGCCCAGUGUUACAGCCACCCAAAGGCUGCAUCAGGAUGCUGAGAUCUGGCUCUCACAGCGGUUUGACGUCAGAGAUCCGGGGGCUGAGUCUUAAACUGUUUGUGGCAGAUGAAGAUGACGAGUCAAACACAGAUGGUCAUGGGAACAGGCUCAGUGAUACAGGAAGCCUCGACAGUAGCCUUAGUCUUCAGGAUAUGGAGUCAAGACGAGACAAAAGCAUGGAAGAAGUAGCCCCAGAAGGUUCAGAGAUGGUUGGCAAAGUAGACUUGCAAGGACAAAUCAACCGGGACAGUUGCUACGGAAGUGCAUCAAGAACGUCCACUGGCCAAGACUUGGAGGAUAUUAUCAGCAACAAUGAUGCCUCAAUGAGAAGUACAGUUCAACAUGAUAGACAUGGCUCUAAUGAAUCUGGUCUAGUUGGUGACAAGAGUAUCGAAUCUAUUACUUCAGAUUGGACGACGGAUGGCUUUGACUCAGAACAUGCACAGCUUGAUCGGGGACAGUCCAGUCACAAAGAAGUAGCAGACAUUCCUGGACAUGACAAUGUCAGUUCAGGAGAAGAUCCUGUUGGUCGCAACAGAUCAAGACUUAGUUCCUCAUUUGGUCCAGAAAACAGUGACAGCAGUCUCUCAGGACUUGAUCUGGAUGCAUCAAGGUCAUCGACUGCUGGCCAUGCAGAGAAAGAAGGUGUCAAAGUUCGGAGGUCAUCUGGAAAGAAGAACGUCAGCUUUGACCUGGAAGUCAGUGUAGAUCACGCGUCUGAAGCAUCGGAUUUGAAAAUACCAGUUGGCUUGUCGCCGUCUGGCCAUGAUAAUGAACACCCGAAGGGUCAGAUGAUGUCAAGUCAGACGGAGGAUGGGAGGAGUCACAGUAUGUUGUCCCACCAAUCAAAUUGCAGUGUGAAGUCAUGUGAUCAGCAGGAGAGGAGUGCUUUGUCUGACCUUACAAACUUUUCACCGGAUGAACCCGCGAGGCUGAGCAUCAAACCAAGGAAUGCUUCAACCCCUGGCCCCCAGGGAACGAGUCACACCCCUCUACGGAUAGCAUUCCGGACCCCAGGAAAACUAGCCUACGUCACACCUGCCAGAAUACGCUACAAGACACCAGGUCGAGUUGACCUCAUAACCCCUGGACCCACCCCUCUCCGGUCGCCGAAGAGUUGCAAACGGCGCCCUCUCCAGGCUGCGAGUGGACAGCCACAAGAAGAGAGGAUCCUGGGUACGCCGGAUUACUUGGCCCCGGAGCUGCUCUUGCAACAGCCACAUGGUGUUGGCGUGGACUGGUGGGCGCUUGGUGUGUGUCUUUAUGAGUUCUUGAUUGGCAUCCCUCCGUUCUGUGACAACUCACCAGACCUCGUCUUCCAAAAUAUCCUUAGUCGAGACCUUUCCUGGCCCGAAGGAGAUGAAGCAAUAUCAGUUAUAGCCCAGGAUCUUAUUGAGAAGCUUCUUACAUUGGCACCAGAACAGAGACCAACAGCUAUAGAUGUAAAGCAGCAUGAGUUUCUGAAUGAGCUUGACUGGGACCAUGUAAGAGAGCUGGAGCCUCCUUUUGUACCCGCCCCUGAUGAUGAAACAGACACAACAUACUUUGAUGCACGGAACAAAGCAUGCAAUUUGGAUUUGUCGUGCGGGUCAUUUGCUUCAUGAAACAGCGAAGGGAAGCCAUCUCAGUCAAAGCUAUGUGAUGAACAGACGCUCAACCUUGAAGACCAGUAGAAGCUCAAAGUAGAAGAAAUGCACACACACAUGUACAACUCUUAUUACAUAUACAUCUAUAUUACAGUAAGUGUCCUUUUGUAACAAACUAUACAGGCUCCUUGUUAACUUAUUAAAAAUUUUCUGGUGCUUAAACUGUAACACACUAUGGAAAUGCAGGGCAUGUACUUUUAUAUGUUAAAUGGGGCGUAGCAAAUUUGGGAAAACCUGGGUUAAUGGUUUAUUUAUUUUUUACAGGUUUUGGUUUUGGAUUGUACUCAUUAGGAAAGGUUGAGGGCUAAAUAUAAUUGGAAGUAUGAGAUUAUUAGUAAUAAUAAUAUUAAUAUUGGAUAUUUAGAGGCGCUAAAAACAAAGAGUACCAUAGCUCGUAUAAUGUAUGAAUAAUAAUUCAACAUUUGCAAUAAUAACAAUAUUCAAGAUAAAAAGGGAAAUUAAUUAUUGAGGAAAAAGGUAUGUCUUAUAGGAAGAUUUGAAGCCAAGAAUACUUCAUUUCUUAUUGGAAGAGGGAUGGCAUUCCAAGUCUUGGCAGCUAAAUGUUUUUUGGCAGAGGAGAGUUUCAACAAGGGAAUGCAAAGUCUGCAUGUGUCAGUGAUUGAACGAAGAUUAGUACCUUUUUUCAAACUGAAAAUUCAUUUCAGAAAUAUACAUAUAGGGGUCAGCUGCACAGCGGCUGCCGGGCCAACGAACAAUUGGGCAAAUCAAAUUUUCAGAGUAUUUCAUUUCAUGUCUAUUUUGAACAAUAAAAUAUGGAUUUUCAUUUUUUUUCAUUUUCAGACAUAAAUACAGAAUUAAAAAUACUAAUAAUAAUAAAUAUGAUAUUAAAAGGUGAUAAUGUCACUUUCCCUGUCUGAUAGUUGCCUGAGGUUGAUCAGACUCAGUAAAUGAAUAUCAUGCUUGUACAUCAAGUUUGCUCUCCCCCAAAGAAGUCUCUAUUACAUGCAUUUCCAAUGCAUUUCAUGAAGUCUGGGGUCAGCAAAUGAAAAUCCACUCUCAUUGACAUUUGAUGCCCGCAUGACUUUAUUCCAAAUAGAUUUCUGUGGUACAAAGAGAUGCAAGUUACCUGUAUAUUCAAUCUUACUAGCCUUGAAUUUGAAUGUAUUUAGGGCAAGGCUGCAUUUUUUUAGUAGAUCUCACACAUUCCUAUAUAUAUAUAUAUAUAUGUAAAUCGUGUAGUAGGUUUCACGGUACACCAUGUAUCUUUCUUGGGCAAGUGGUGGUCCUGAAAAGGACCACCCAAUCAAACAAGUGUGUUCUUGUCGUCCUCAGGAGAAUGACGACAAGAACACACUUGUCGAAACAUCGAGAUUGGGUGGUCCUUUUCAGGACCAACACUUGCCCAAGAAAGAUACAUGGUGUACCAUGAAACCUACGACACUAUUCUUCUUCGCCAUGGAAACUUUCAGAAGUUAUAUAUAUCAAUCAUAAAAAACAGUCCCAUGAUCGAUUGCUAAGCUUCAUGUUACCUGGCCUUGACUCUUGUUAUAUAAGCCCUUUUUUAAUUUUGAAUGUAUAAUUGAUUCCAUUUUCACAUCUCAUGUCGUUUUCAUUAUUAAAGUAGAGGGUAUAUUUGUAGUUGUAAUUUAUUAUAUAUUGUAUUGUAUUUAGUGGCAUUAAAUGUAAAUAAAAGUUUAUGUUAGUGUUUAAUGGAAGAUGAUAUAUAUAUAAACAAAAUAAAUACCAUAUUGUAGUAAUGAA